GCCAGAUACUAGGUUUGUCGUUUUGCCGUGUGGUAAGUGGUAGCCGCCGUGGUCUUCACUCCUGUUAACUGAUUACAUUUCAAUAUUUACUAUUUCUAUCGGCCAAACGUGAUUCUUUCACAUUACGCGUUUGGGAGUUUUGGUAUCCAAUAUGAAGUUCAAUGUCUACAAAUCGUCUUCGCGACGCAAGUCGCGCAAAGAACAUUUUACUGCCCCCUCACACAUAAGACGCCGAAUCAUGUCGGCGCCUUUAUCUAAAGAGUUAAAAAGCAAAUAUAAUGUUAAGGCAAUGCCUGUUCGUAAAGACGACGAAGUCCAGGUUGUACGAGGACAUUUUAGAGGACAACAAGUGGGUAAAAUAGUUCAAGUUUAUCGUAAAAAAUAUGUUAUCUACAUUGAAAGAAUUCAACGUGAAAAAGCUAACGGUGCAACUGUGUACGUUGGAAUCCACCCUUCUAAGUGUGUAAUAGUAAAACUGAAGUUGGACAAAGAUCGUAAGAAAAUUCUUGACAGAAGAGGCAAAGGCCGAGCACAGGCUUUGGCUCUUAAAGGCAAAGGAAAGUAUACCGAAGAUUCGGCUGCAGCCACAGUGGAGACAUCUUCUUAAUAGUUAUGACUUUUACAAUAAAACAUUCAAAAAAAUAUA